UUAUCAACGUAUCUCUCAGCAGAGAACAAACGCUAUUGCUCGAACACUCGAGCCGACGGAGUAAGUCUGUUUGCAUUUCCAAAAGACCCCAUCCGCCGCGAACAGUGGGCCAGGCAAGUGCUACGAACACGGCUGUCCCGACUAUCUUUCCUCAACCCAGACCGGGACCUGCGAGUGUAAACACAAGGCCUAACGCAGAUGGCAAGACACAAAGAAAAAGUCAAAAACCCAGAAGAAACUCAACGGUGGAAAAGCGUCCCAAGGCGGCAAUGCUCAGUGAACUGCCUUGUCAACAAGCGGGGGCAGCUCUGGCUUCCAAAACUGAUGUCGUGCCACCAUCAAUGGUUGUUAAGACUCAAUAUCAGCCAAGAGGUCCCUGCAAAGACGUCAGUGAAGAACAUCUUCCCUCUGAGCAGCAGGAGUGGAACUCCAGGAUGGAGCAAGAGGAACCACGGCCCCCCCACAUGAAAGAGGAAGAGGAUGAGCCACAACCCACCUCUGUUAAAGAGGAAGAGGAAGCUCACAGCAUUAGUCAGGAGGAGCUUGAAGGACUGGAGGAGUUCCCAGUUAUUGUCGGCCCUGUGCUGACUGAAGAUGAUGAGCACGAAGGUCACAAACGUUUUCCUUGCACGGUGUGUGGUAAACGAUUCUCUCACAAAUCUAGUUUAAAAAUACACGCAAGUGUACACACUGGAGAGAAACCUUUCCCUUGCACGGUGUGUGGUAAAAGAUUCUAUCUCAAAGGUAGUUUAAAAACACACACAAGAGUACACACUGGAGAGAAACCAUUUCCUUGCUUGGUGUGUGAUAGAAGAUUCUCUCAAAAGUGUUCUUUAAAGAGACACACAGAAAUACACGCAGGAGAGACACCUUUUGCCUGCUCAGUUUGCGCUGAAGUAUUCACUGAGGAGUCCAAUUUGAAAGAACAUAUAAAAAUACACACUGGAGAGAAACAUUUUCCUUGCUCAGUUUGUGGUCAAGGAUUCACCGAUAAGUCGCAUUUAAAAGAACACGCAAGAAUACACACUGGAGAGAAACGUUUUCCUUGCGCGGUGUGUGGUAAAAUAUUGUCUCAAAAAGGUGCCUUAAAGGCACACACCAUUGUACACACAGGGGAGAAACCUUUUCUUUGCACCGUGUGCGGUAAAAGAUUCUUUCACAAAGGUAGCUUAAAAACACACGCAAGACUACACACUGGAGAGAAACCUUUUCCUUGCACAGUGUGUGGCAAAAGAUUCCGUCACGGUGGUAGUUUAAAGGUACACACCAGAGUACACACUGGAGAGAAACCUUUUUCCUGCUCAGUUUGUGCUAAAGGAUUCCCUGAGAAGUCCAAUUUGAAACAACACAUAAAAAUACACACUGGAGAGAAACCUUUUUCCUGCUCAAUUUGUGGCGAAAGUUUCCCGAGGAAGAUAUCCUUGAUAAGGCACACAAAAGCACACACUCGUUAAAAAACUAAAGUUGUGCAAAAAAAAACCAACUGACAUUAUGAUGAAAUUUUGCAAUGCCAUCUUCAUACGCGCUUCGCACUUUUUCACAAGGCAGCUCUGGUCUCCUGCAGUCGGAAAACAGUGUUACUUUUGAACAAAGACUGCUCAAGCGCUCAGACCAAGCAGAUGCUCAAGAUGAGGUUUCCCUUUAGACCGCCUACAAGCUCAUUGAUUGAAUCUGCUGUUUCUUGCUGAAGCGUGAUUGGCCGUCCCUAAUAUCCUGGGAUAUUCCUGGGUGAAUUUGACUCACCCACCACUGGGCGGUGCUGGGUGGUGGUCCAAACAUUUGAAAUGAUUUCAUUUAAUUUACAUAUCAACUAAUCUGAUAAUCCAUCCAUGUAUAUGCCUCUGAUCUUAACUAUAGUCACUUCUGCCAUUACAUGCUGUCCUGUUAAUGUUGAAUUUGUAAGGAAUAUAUUUACAAGGAAUAUUCGAUCAUCAGUAUCGGGACCAUAUAUGUUUAUCAAAUGUAUAUCUUCUGAUAUCAAGGACCCUUGAAUUAUCAAAAAUCUUCCAAACUUGUUCUUAGUUCUGUUUUUUUCUUCUUUUUUUUUUUUUUUUUACCGGUACUUGGAAAUGAACUGUUUUGCGUCUAAGAGUCAUCACCGCAAGUAAAUGAUGAGAAAACACUGCCCUGCCAUCUUCUUUUUUUCCCUUCCUCUUCCCGUAGAUGAGUUUCUUGUAGGAAAAACUACUUUUGAGUUGUUUUGUGUUCAUUUCCUGUUUAAGUUUGUUAGGUUUCUAUAGACUUCUGCAGUUGCGUGAAAUUCAAUAAAACUUGCGGA